UGGCUGUCAGUUGUCAUUAUUAGGGGAGGAAAUAGCAAUAAGUCCAAUGUAUUUUUAUUAAUCUUUACUAUUUGUUUGUUAUGUUAUGUAAAUGUAGUUUAGGACAUUUUGUUAGACUUAAAUUGCAAGCAAUAUGCAUUUUUCAAUACCGGACACGCAAGAAUUAAACGAAGGAAAUGGGUCAACAUUUAUUGGAUACAACAUACACAUUAAUGGCGUGUUCCAUUGCACGGUGAGGUACAAGCAACUGCACAAUUUAAAUGAACAGUUAAAAAAGGAAUUCGACAACGUUCCACCGUUUCCGCCGAAAAAACUUUUGCCUCUGACUGGCGGCCAAUUGGAAGAACGCAGGGCACUGUUAGAGAAAUACAUUCAAUUAGUGGGACAAGACUCGAGGCUUGUCACUUCCGAACUGACCAUAGGAUUUCUGUUAUCUGCUCAACAAGAAACGACAUGCGAAAAGUUACAACAUAUCAGCUUAGAUAUAUACACGAUGAACAAUUACCAAAUCCCACUUCGAGUCUCCACCUUUGACAGGACCGAGCAGGUUUUGGCCAAGGCAUUGAAGCAUCUCAAUUUACCUUUAGAAUAUUUACAAUAUUUUUCGCUGUUUCUCAUUCGACGGGACAACAAUGGGGACAUUGUCAUAUUGAGGAAGUUGCUGGACUUUGAAUCUCCAUAUAUGUCACACAGAACUAUUAGAGAACCCAACAAGAUUGUGAUAAGGAAAAGCUACUGGGAUAUAAGCUAUGACUUAGAUUUAAUGAAUGAUCCUAUAGCAUUGAAUUUACUCUAUUUCCAAACUGUCAGUGAUAUUGAAAGGAAUUGGAUAUUGUGCACAAAAGAAGUCAAAUCCCAGCUAACCAACUUGCAAGUAAAAUUAGCCAAACGUGAAUACUUGGAGCUUGCGAGGACAUUGAAAUAUUAUGGUUUCAUACAAUUUGCUCCGUGCUACUGUGAUUACCCGCAACCAUUAACCAAAGUAUUAAUUGCAAUAGGCGAUCAGAUGUUAAGUAUGAGGAUUAUAGGCCCCGGUCAGGUUGUCAAAGAAGGUUGUUUCGAAGUGACGAGGAUGAGGUGCUGGCGAAUAACUGCUACACAUAACAAACACGACAUUGCUGCAAAUAGCAGAAGCAAUAACACAGGGGUUGAAUUAUCCUUUGAAUAUUUGAUGGCUAAAGACACACUACAAUUAAUAACGAUCACCAGCGAUCAAGCAAUUCUGAUGUCGGUGUGUCUGCAAUCGUUGGUGGACGAGUUGCUGAUGAAAAAGAAGGGCAUUAGAAAGAAGCAGAAGUUCUACAGCAAAUCUGGAAACUGGUCUUAUAUGAAAAGGGACGGCUCCAGCCAACUAAUUGUCUUUGACAACCAGGAUUCAGUUGAUCCAUGUGAUGAAGAGGACGCAGAUCCUACAAGGAUGCAAGAAUCGUUCUCGAUAAAGAAACUCCAGGAGAAGUUCUCGACGGUGUCCUUUAAAUCAGGCAGAGAGUUCAUCGAGAAUCACGCUUUCGAAGGGAUUGGUGAUGAGGACUUGUAAAAAGAUUAACGAAUCUUACUUUUGGUGAUGACUAAUUUUAUUGAAAUUAUUGGCGAAUUGACGUGCUAAAAUGUGGAUUUUGAUUUUAAGGUGCUAAUAACUUGUCCAAAUCAAUUACUUGCCAUUGCAUUCUAAAUAAUUUGGCAAAUAAAUGAGGUCAAACCUCAACAGUCCAUUUUAUGUGCCAAAAACUAAUUAGAUUGUACUAAAAUAUUUUACUAAAAUCAGCAAUAUAUUUAUAUAUAAUUGUAAUGAGUAAUUGAUUAAAUUCAUCCAAGUCAUUGAUCACUGCAUUCUCCAUUUGAAUGUGCUCAAUCAGAUUUCUUAUUGUUUAAUUGUACCUGAUAAGAUGGAAUAAAACAAAUUUUAAAUGCUCAUUUACGAUAUGUUGCAAGUACAUACUACGUUUUAUUAAUUCAGACUUACUUUCAUUUGUUUGUUGUAAUGCAUUAUAUGUGCAAAAUGUUCCUAAAAUAAUUGUAUACAUGUUCUAAAUGGUAAAUACAUAUUGUGUUAUGUAAACGUUUUUAGUGAUGUCCGUUUGGUAAGUGUUUUGCAACAUGAAAUAAUUUUAAGUCGGAAUCUCGGAUCUAAAAAUUAAUUGUAAGCGUUAUUGUUUAUGAGAGCGAGCUCAAUUUUUUAUAAACUCUCAUUUAUUAUUUAUUUUGGCAUGAUAAAUUUGCCAAUUGUAAUUUGCUGAAAGAAAUUGAAUUUAAUAGAACUAGUCUUGUACUUAUAUAUAAAUAUUUUUAUACGUAUUCAUUUCAUGUUGUGUAUACUGCCAUACACUCUACAUACAUUCCUGUAGAGCUUCCAAACAUAUUUACCCUAUUAUUUUAUAUUUUUAUAUCUAAAACGUAUUUUAACAAUAACGUCUAUGUAUGUAUUAAUUAUGGAGAAAUUUUAAUAAAAAACGAUAUGCAUUUAA